GUCUUCACGAGUACAAAGACAAUUGGUGGCUUUCACAUAAUCACAUUGGUGGUUUCAUUGUUCCAGUAGUUGUUUAAAGUAAUGUUUUCUGUAAUAGUUUUUGUAGUCUAUCCAAAAAACAAGUGAAAUGACGGAAUGGACUGGUUUAAGCAAAGAGAGAAAAAAGAAGUUCACAUUUAGUCCUUUCACAAUCACUCGAGCUGGGUGUGGAUUGUAUCAUAGUAUUGUCGUUGGGAAGCGUCGAGAGGCACCUCAGCUUUAUGGAUGGGGUCGAAAUUAUAAUAACGUUUUAGCCUUAGGUCCUGAUGUACCAGAGCGACAUUAUCCGACACCCAUACCUUACUUUUCCAAAAAUCACGUUUUUCAGGUAGCAUGUGGACUCAAUCAUACAAUGAUUCUAAUAAAAUCCGUGAAUCAUUCCGGAGGUCGCGUGUACUCAUGUGGAUUGGGAAAUAAUGGAAGACUCGGUUUUUUUAAAACAGAUAAAAGUAUUGAAACAGAAGAACAUGAUUCGUGGUUCACAUAUAAACCCAUUCGUGUUGGUUUUCCUAAUAAAGAGAAAAUCAUUCGAAUAUCUUGUGGGAGUGAUCACUCUCUUGCCAUUUCACAACAUGGUGAACUUUUCGCUUGGGGCGUAGGUCAAUAUGGCAAUUUAGGCACUGGUAAUACGAAAGAUGUGACUUGUCCUGUUCAAAUCACAGUGGGAAACAAUAAAUCGUUCGUUGUUCAUUGUUCUGCUGGUGGCAAACAUUCUCUAGCUUGCACCAAUGACGGAAGAUGUUAUUCAUGGGGUCACCCUGGAAAUGGUCGAUUAGGACUAGGUCAUCUUCGUUCAGUUAUUGUUCCCACACUAAUCGAAGCGUCGUGUGAUCGGGAAAUCGUGUUUGUUUCAGCUGGCGAAGCUCAUAGUGCAUCAAUAGAUAAAGUGGGCAUAGUUUAUACCUGGGGUGCUGGUAGUUAUGGUCGCUUAGGUCAUGGGGAUGAUACGGAUAUGCAUAUACCUCGCAAAAUAGAAUCAUUUGGUGGACAAUCCAUUGUUCAAGUUGCAUGUGGAACGUUUCAUACGAUGGCGGUAUCUCGUGAUGGUAAAUUAUUCAGUUGGGGUUCCUCUUUAGCUAUUGGUCUUGUCUCGGAAGGCGAAAAUUCUUCUGUUUUGAUUCCCAAAGCAGUUAAUCAUUCUGGUUUAAUUUCCGUUUGUAAUAUUGCAGUUGGUACCUAUCAUACUAUCGCUCUUACACAACUCGGUGAUGUGUUUUGUUGGGGUGUCGGAGGUCAGUCGCGUUUAGGUCACGGUGACGACGCUAAUCAACCGUUUCCGAAACAUGUUGCUCAUUUACGAAAUAAAGCGUAUCUUGAUGAUUUAAAAGAAUGGUUCUUAGACGAUCUGCAGAAAAGUAAAAAUACUCAUCCAUUAUACUUGGAAGCUAUGAAUUCGAAAAAAAUUCAAACCAUUUCUUGUGGGGAGGCGCACACAAUGGUUCUUUUAAUUCAAGGUGAUGUGUGGGUGUGGGGUAGUAACAGUUAUGGCCAAUUAGGACUGGGGGACGCUCUACUUGAGGAAAUAGUUUAUGAACCAAAUUUGUUGGAAGCAUUCAAAGAUCCGAUCCGUCGCAUUGCUUGUGGAAAAUAUCAUUCAUUGGCGUCUAACAUACGAGGAGAACUGUACGUUUGGGGUUCCGGAGAUUGUGGCCAAUUAGGACUUGGAAGAGUUGUGGAUGCAAGUGUUCCAACUGGAGUGUUACAUAUGACGUGUGUUUUCGAUGUUUUUGGUGGAGAAGAUUAUAGCGCUUGUUUAUCGUCUCCCAAUUCGAACACUAUAGAAGACAAUUUUAGUAAUAAUAUGCAAAUUUUCACCGAAGCGGGGGAUUUGUGGACCUGGGGAAGCUGUGAAACGGGUAAAUUAGGGCACGAAGGAUUUUCUUCUGGUUCGUGUCUUUCACCAAAAAAAGUAAAAUUAUCAGUUCCAAUUUCAAUGGUGUCAUGUGGUGUAAACCAUAUGCUCGCUUGCUCUCCCGAUGGAAAAGUUUUUGCGUGGGGAGCCGGCUAUUAUGGUCGGUUAGGCAUUGGAUCGUCUGCAAAUUCUUCCAUUCCCGUUGAGGUUUCUUUACCCGAUGACAUUGUUAUUGUUAGCGUUCAAGCAGGAGCUUUUCACUCUCUAGGAUUAACCUCCGAUGGUUUAAUAUAUGCUUGGGGACGUGGUGAAGCUUUAUGUUCAAACGAAAAUUAUUUGUUACCGCAACUUUUUACAAAGCUUGAUAGCCAAGAGGGCCUCCCUCAAUGUAAAAUGAUAGUAGUAUGCAACAAUCAUACACUCGCAGUGAUGUGUUCCGGCCAGGUUUGGGUGUGGGGGGAUAAUAAAAAUUAUCAACUUUGUUGCGAAAACAAAAACUCUAGUUUUAUUACAUCACCUGAAGUCUUACACAAUUUACCAAAUGCCGUUGAUUUCAUUGCUACUGGACCCAAUCAUACAAUCGCUAACUUAUGCACUAACGAAGUGUACGCAUGGGGAAAUAAUAAUUCAGGAUGCCUUGGUAUAGGCCUAACUAAAAAAAAAUACUUUUUUCAUCCAGAAGCUGUCUUAAGCAAUUGGCGAUCUGUUGCAGGGCCAAAGAAAACAUUACAAAGCCUACCACCUAUCGAUAACAUGGCUCUUGCGUCUUAUGCGAAUUCUAGUCUUCAUGGUCAAGGCACCAACUCUGUGCAUACUAUGUGCAAUGUUGAAAAUACAAUAACUUUCAUUGAUCCAUUCGUAGCAGAAACCAUGUCUUUUAUCGAAAGUCUUGAUUUUUCAAAGGAUAGUUCGCUUUUAUCCAGAGCUCAAAAAUUAUUAAAGAAAGAACCUCAUUUUUGUACUUCACAAGAACUUGCGUUACGCGAAGACGAUUUAAUUAAAAUCUUAGGACAUCAUUUUUCUACCAUUUUAAAAAUUUCGGAACAAGAAAAAAUGAUGUGUUCUAUGGAGUACUUUGUAAAGCGUAAAUUAACACGCGUACUCAUUAAUCUUCCUUGUGAAACAUCGAAAGGGCUAGUUAAAAAUUCAAUGCAAACACCGACUUUUAUGAUACAAAAGCUACCUAUCAUUCAACAAUUGAUGAAUUAUUUAGUCCUUCAACCCUCUUACCUCGUCUAUUUGUCUCGUUGUAUUAAACAAGAUUUUGAAAGGGAUAUUCUUAUAAAAAUUGUCAAACAAGUGUAUUGGAAUAUAGAAGAUCGACAUAUUAAUGCAGUAUUUCUUUCUUUAUGUGCAGCGAUUUGUACUGAGGAAGUCAAUGUAGCACCCGAUUUGCUACGUUUAUUUUGCUCAGAAAAUUCUAAUUUCGUGCAACUUGCUAGCGCCUAUGCCUUGAAAACAUGUUAUAACUCAGAUUUUGGUCGCUUUUUUGUUGAUCCCAGUUUCGAGGGGAGUCUAGCCGAGGCCUUGGAUCAAUUAAAUGAUACUUGCCUUGUUAUGGAUGAACAAAUGCUAACUGAAUUCGUUCCCGAAUGCAACAAUCAACAAGAAAAAAUAAAAAUCUUGUUUCAACGUUCUUUAGAUGGAAUUUAUUCUGUUUUGUCAACUUUGUCUUCGUUGUUGACCCUUCCUUUAGGAAUCAGUGCUUUAAUGAAACAUGCUUAUAAUGUUAUAGUGGAUCGUAAUUUUUCUUUUGAUGCGUAUAGUGGUCGAAGAGCACAACAACAAUACAGCCUAUAUUAUCCUCUUGUGCGAUUACUUUUACAGGGUAUUGUAUGUCGUUUUUUUAUAGAGCCCUUCGAGUUUAACCAAAUGUAUUGUUUACAAAAAUUUCAAUCUAAAUUUGCGGAAGUCAAUUUUCGUACAUUAUCCGUUUUCAUUAAUUCAGCUUUUCAAAAUAAUUUAUGUGAAUUCACAUAUAACCAUUUAUUUCGUGAAAUAUUUCAAAGUAUUUACUUGAAAAGCGUCACUAUUUUGAUACAAACACUUUCCUUUACCGUGGAUGAAUACAUUCGUGCUGAGAAUACACUUUCUCUCUUCCUCAUGCAUUUUACUAGAUCUCCCUAUACCAUAAUCCUGCGUAAUGAUAUUUUAGCAAAUUUUAUGAAUUUACUAAAACGUUAUGAAGCCCAUCUUCAAUUAUCCGUGUAUGACCCUGUUAGCGAAUUACUGAAAGAAAUAUCUCAUGAUUCGACUCAAGUUUUCGAUAAGGAAAUGAUUAAAAUAUUAGAAGAGAAUACCUACCAUCAUAAUAUUGUGAUUAAUCGACGGUUUCUUCUAACUGAAGGAAAUGUUGUUUUUGACGGUUUAACUGGAGUUCCCGUACCACAAAAAUUAGCUCCACGACAACAAGCUGCUACGCGUGAUGGAUAUACUGUGAUGUCUCUUGUUCAUCGUUAUGUACCAAGUGAUCCUUUGGAUCCCCGAUCUGUGAUUGAAAAUUCAUUAAAAGCCACGCCAACUAUUUCAGCACAAUGUUGGAGCAAACUUGGAGAAGAAUUUUUUGUCUUACAAGAAUUUUAUACUCGCCAACAACCUCCUGAUUUCAUGACGGCACAAAUGUUAGGAAAAGCGGCUAAGCAUUGUGAGGAUUUCGACGACCAAGCAGUGUCACUUGUGGAAAUAUGCAAAUGGAUGGCUGAAGGAAUUAAAAAACGCUAUCGGCAUCAUAUGUAUUUAACGCUUGUUCAAAAUCAUGAAGAUGUUAUAAGUGAAACGGAGCGCCGUUUUCGAAUGGAAACCCAGGAAUAUACUGCUGGCUUACAGGAAACAAGUCAAUACAUCAAUACACUUUAUAUUGAACCAGAGAUGAGGGAACGAUUGCAGAAAAGUAAUAUAACACCUUUUAUUGAUUCUUUACGAGUUUUAUGCUCUCCUGAAUCCGCUGAUGAGGAAAAUUCAUCACCUUCCGUUACAUUAGGACUCCACGAAUUGCUACAAUUUAUGGUAGUCGUUCAGUGCACUAUUGUGCCAAAAGAAGGAUCGCAUUACACAGUAACGUUUACGUAUCAUCAGAAAAAGGGAUGGACCAUACAGCUUUUUCAAGUGUUGAAUGGAAACAAUACUGAGUUGGAUCAUUUUGAAAUCACAGAUAAUGAAUUAACUAACCUAACUAACCUUCCCCCUUUCUCGACAAAGUGUUUUGGAAAAAAAGUCUUGAUAUUCCAAGUCGCCAACCUUCUCAAUUUUUUAAUGCAUAUUUCCGUCAAAAGUUCGAAAACUAAAUUCCUAAAAACGUAAACAUUUGUUGUUUCGUGGUAUAUAUCAUGAAAAAGUUUUCGCUUUCUACGUAA